AUGACCUUCCUGUCGUAUUCUGACCAUAACUUUUUAUUGGUUAAGAACCAGGUUAUGAGACCACCACCAUUAGAAACAUGUGGAGUCUUGGCAGAUAACAGUGCUCUCUUCUCUUGUUUGUUGACUCCUCAAUCUUUUCUUGGGCUUUGUUCAAUGUCUGCUAUGAAAUCCCAAGAAGCCUCUUCUUCGGCUUCUCCAUGUAGCUAUCAUGUGUUUUUGAGCUUCAGGGGCGAGGACACUCGCAAGACUUUCACCUAUCACCUCUACACAGCUUUGAACCAAGCCGGAUUUUGCACCUUCAGAGACGGUGAUGGCUUAGAAAAAGGAGAAGAUAUCAAGUGUGAACUUGAGAAAGCGAUUCGAGAGUCAAGAAUUUCGAUAAUUAUCUUCUCAAAGAACUAUGCCUCGUCAACUUGGUGCCUUGAAGAGCUUGUGAUGAUUCUUAAAUGCAAGACCCUUGGACACGUAGUUCUACUUGUCUUCUAUGAUGUGGAUCCAUCUGAAGUGAAGAAGCAACUAGGCAGUUUGGAAGAAGCAUUUACAAGGCAAGAAGAAAAGCUCAAAUCAGAAACAAGUGAACUGGCAAAAGAGAAAUUGAAGGAUAAGGUAGAAACAUGGAGGGUUGCGCUUAGAGAAGUUGCAGAUGUGGCCGGGAUGAAUUUACAAAAUCAAGUUGAUGGGUAAUUUCCUCGUAGCUUGCUUCUUUAGCUAGGCAUAAUUUGUGUCACUUUUCAUCCCAUUAUUGCAGUAGUGCCAAUAACGUGCUCAUUUUUGUUAGUUAUUGCUUUGAAAUGUUUAAUUCUUGGUUUGUGCGAUUCAA